AAUGGAGUCCUUUCGCGAGUUCUCGUCCAACACCACGCUUCACUUCAACCCGACGUCAACAAUAUUCUGAAAUACAACGCGCGGAAGAUCGGAGAAUUUGACUGCCGUAAGUCACCUGAAUUGAAUGAAAUUAAGCAGGGUAAAUUGUACAAAUACGAGCUUAUUUUGUGAUAAAUUUGGUUGUAUCGUUCUCCUAUGACGAAUGGUAUCUUGAUAGUUCGAAUAAUAACAAAAGACGUUCGUGUGCCAAAACGAAACAAAAACGUUAAAAAAGAUGAUUUUUCGAAGACAUCAACUUCAUGGUUUCAUGACAGCAGUUCUUCUCACCUUUACAUUUACAAAGACCGUCUGCGACUCCCUGAUAAUUUCUCCGACAACAAGGGACAUGGGGCAAAGCGCCCUCGCUCUCAGGACGUCAGUUUUGAGACGUUUCACAAACAGGACGCCAGAGACGGUGGCUCUUCCGGAGAGCUUUCAGCAACCGCAGAAGUACUGGGCCCAGCGCCUGAGUGACCCCGCUCACGUCGUCAGCAAGCGACUGUUUCCGCUCACAACAGGAAAUGACGUAGUGAGCCGAAACAUCACCAUGGUCCUGGAAAACCUUCUCAAAGAUUAUGAGAGCAGCCAGCUGCCGACCCAUGGCAAAGGACGCCCCACCAUAGUGAGGACCAAUAUGCUGAUACGAAGCAUGGGACCCAUAUCAGAGUUGGACAUGGACUAUUCCAUGGAUUGCUACUUCCGACAGUACUGGCGAGACUCAAGGCUCAGUUUUCUGGGUCCGAUCAAGAAUCUGAGUCUCAGCAUCAAGAUGCUGGAGAGAAUAUGGCGUCCUGAUACGUAUUUCUACAACGGCAAGAAUUCUUACGUCCAUACCAUCACGGUGCCCAACAAACUACUGAGGAUCACACAGGAGGGCGACAUCCUGUAUUCCAUGCGAUUGACAAUAAAGGCGAAAUGCCCGAUGGAAUUGAGAAACUUUCCAAUGGACAGACAGUCGUGCCCGCUGAUUCUUGGCAGCUAUGCAUACACUACGCAGCAUCUGGUGUACCAGUGGCAGUCUGGAAGCAGUGUGGAUUUCGUAAAGGGAAUGGCCCUGUCACAGUUCGAUCUCAUAAGCUUUCUUCAAAGGAAUCUGACCUUCAGAAGGAGAGAUGGUGAGUUCUCUGUUCUGCAAGUGAACUUCAAUCUCCAGCGACACACUGGCUACUUCCUUAUCCAAGUGUACGUGCCUUGCAUCCUCAUAGUGGUGCUGUCAUGGGUGUCCUUCUGGAUACAUCGAGAGGCUACAAGCGACAGAGUUGGCCUUGGUAUUACAACUGUACUGACACUGUCAACAAUCAGCCUAGAUAGUAGGAUAGAUCUGCCUAAAGUUCGCUAUGCCACAGCCCUGGACUGGUUCCUGCUAAUGAGCUUCUUCUACUGCAUUGCCACUCUUCUUGAGUUUGCAGGUGUUCAUUAUUUCACAAAGGUUGGCAGUGGGGAGAUUCCUGUUGAUGAAGAGGAAUGGGAGGAUGCGGAGGAUGCGGCAGAGGAGUUACUGGGCUGCAUAACGACUGACAUACCAGACACCAGCAGAAGCCCAUCGCUACGAUCAGGACACAGGAGAAGCUCACUCAUCUGUCCCAUUUACAAUGAUCCAUUGAACUAUGGAAUCUCAACAUCAUGCCAGCAGCAGCAAGCCGCACACCACCACAUCACGUGCGUGACACGCCACACCCAGACUGAACAUCGUGUGCCCAAGUGGCAACAGCUGCUAUAUUGUCUAGCAGGAGAUGAUGCUUAUCGCCGCCAACGACAGCGCGAGGCCGCCCAUGCUGCAGCUGUGACAGGAUCAAGAGGUACUGGGGAUGGAGGACUCAUUUCCAGACAUGUGAACAGUGUGUCCUACAUAGACAAGGCAGCACGAAUCCUGUUCCCUGCUUCAUUUGGUCUGCUGAAUCUAUUCUACUGGGUGGCUUAUUACACAUAUCAGGAAGAAUUUGGUUGGAGAGACCCUCCCAUUACACCCUUCAGUCAUUAAACUGCAAAUAAAACUGUGUUGUACAUCCAAAAUACACGUAUCUUUGAGGGUAUGUCACACUUUGAAUAGGCAUCCUUAUGGAACAAAGUUCACACAUGUUCAAUGAGAUUUCUGGUAUAGCAAUCUUGGUUCCAAAUAUAUGUUAAAAAUUAAAUCUGGUAACUUUCUAGUGACAUAAUGAUCUACACUGCUAUCUAUUGUUAAUGCACCUUCAAAGAUUUUUUAGACACAGUAUAGUUUGAUAGAUGGAUACCAGCAUUUCUGAAGAUCUUCCCAUCUUCAGGUUCCUCUGAAACACUGGUAACCACCUACCAGACAUCCCAAAAGACUCACCACUAUCAGAAAAUAAAAUCUCUAUCAAGUACGAAAUUUGCUUUCAAAUUGAAACCUCUUCAGUUAACUUUAAUACCAUUCACUGUAGCCAUUUAUGAAUCCUAAAUGUUCUGUUUGUUUUAGACAUAUAAUUCAUAGAUAACUCGCUCAAAACGAAGACAGCACACACACACAUACCCAGCAGGCCCAGCAGUAUAACACACGCA